GAGCCAUGGUGUCCCAAAUGCAGCUGCACAACGAGAUACAAACCCAAAGGAAUGCAGCCAUGGAAGGUUUCAUGACGAAGAGGCUGCAGGUGAAGCAGGCCGAGGAAGCAAAGAUGGAGAAACAGUUUGACACCAUAAUGGAAGCGGCAAGGGACUGUGGUGUCACCGAGGACAAUGCGCAGCUGUGGAUUGGUGUGCUCAAGAUUGCUCAGGACAAGGGUGCAUCUUACUUUUUCCUGCGCUCCCUUCCGCAUGGAAGGAAGGCUCUUAUUGAGCACUACGCUAGGGAAGGGGUUCAUUGCUCAGAAGAGGGAAACGAAGAUGCAGAUUUAGAUGAGGAGUUUGAAAACUUCAUGAUAACACAAUUCAUGGAUGAUUCUGCAGACAUUGGUUUCAUUUACGGUGUUUGGUGCUGCAGGCAAAUACUAUCUGGUGGACUCGGGGUACCCGAACCGACCGGGUUACUUGGCUCCUUACAAGGGCAGCAAGUACCAUCUCCAAGAGUUUCAAAACGCCAACGAACCUCAAGGUAAAGAGGAGAUGUUCAACUACGCACAUUCGUCCCUUAGAAAUGUCGUAGAAAGAUCAUUUGGAGUUUUAAAGCACAAGUGGCGAAUGCUCACCAAAAUACCCUGUUAUCCAACACAAACACAAACACA